AUGACGGGUGAAUUUCCCACUCUGAUAGGUGAUGUCCUUCGACCAAAAAUAACACGUAGAGUGGGCUGCUGGGACGUGCGUACCCUCUAUCAAACAGGAAAACUGGCGCAAGUAGUGAGGGAAAUAGAGCAUUACAAGAUCGAGCUCCUUGGAGUAAGUGAAACUAGAUGGACAGGUAAUGGGUCUAAACAACUAGUGACAGGACAUCAAAUACUCUACUCUGGAAGAACUGAUGAAUAUCAUAGUAGAGGGGUAGAACUAAUCAUAACAAAAGAGGUUUAUAGAAGUCUACUAGAAUGGAAACCUGAGAGUGAACUGAUCAUAACAGCAAGAUUCAGCUCAGCUUUUGCCAAACGUACUGUAGUGGUGCCAACAGAUGAUGCAGAAGAUGAUAAAAAAUUCUCCUUCUGUGAUGGCUUACAAGAGAUAGUAGACAAUACACCAUCUCACGAUGCUCUGCUUAUCUUGGAAGACUUAAAUGCAAAAGUUGGGAAAAGAAACCAAGGCAAAGAAAACAACAUGGGUGAGCAAGGAUUAGGAGAAUGUAACAGCAAUGGAGAGAGGCUGUGCACUUUCUGCCAAGAAAACAACUUGAUAAUUGGUGGAACUAUAUUUAUGCACAAAGAUAUCCAUAAGACAACAUGGAACUCCUCAGAUGGUCGUACGAAAAACCAAAUUGACCAUAUCAUCAUUAACAAGAGAUGGAAAAGUAGUCUUUUGGAUGUAGUUGCAAAACAAGGAGCUGACGUGGGAAGUGACCACUCAUUAGUAUUGGCUAAAGUCAAGUUGAUGUUAAGGAAAUCAAGGAGAAAAAAAAUUAAAUACCGCCUUCAAGUAACACCCAAAUGCUAA